AUGCAACAAUCCAUUAUACGUCGUCGUUCAUCUAUUGCAAAAUUAGUUCUGGAUUUUCCAUGGACAAAAACAAAAGAAGAUAUUGUUGAUUUUUUUCAUGUUGAAGAGAGUAAAGGUCUCUCUCAAGAACGAGUUAAACGUGAUCUUGAAAGAUAUGGACCUAAUGAAUUACCAGUUGAGGAAGUUUGUAUCUUUUUGACUGCUGCACUUGGUUUACCAGAAUCAUUAAUUCCAGUUCAAUUACUAUGGGUAAAUUUAGUAACUGAUGGUUUACCAGCAACAGCACUUGGUUUUAAUCCACCUGAUUUGGAUAUUAUGGAACGUCCACCACGUAAUCCCAAGGAAUCAUUAAUAACACCAUGGUUAUUCUUUCGAUAUAUGGCUGUUGGAACAUAUGUAGGAGCAGGCACUGUCGGUGCCUCAUGCUGGUGGUACGUGUCGUAUCACGAUGGACCGCUGUUGUCAUGGACGCAGCUGAAACAUCAUUUUAAAUGUCGUGGUGGUGGUAAAGAAUGGGAAGAUAUUGAUUGUGAUGUCUUUGAUGAUCCACAUCCAAUGACAAUGGCACUUUCAGUACUUGUUACUAUUGAAAUGUUAAAUGCACUUAAUAGUUUAUCUGAAAAUCAAUCACUUCUUAAAAUGCCUCCGUGGUAUAAUAAAUAUCUUUUAUUUGCUAUUGCUUUAUCCAUGUCAUUACAUAUGAUGAUUCUUUAUAUUCCCAUGUUUAAUACCGUAUUUCAAAUUUGUCCUUUAACAUGGGAAGAAUGGUUUGCUGUAUUAAAAAUAUCUUUCCCGGUUGUAUUACUUGAUGAAACAUUAAAAUUUGUAGCACGACGUUAUGUUGAUAAAACAGAAACAGGAACAGGCUUUUUGCAUGGUGUGAUAAGUUUAUUGAUAUUAUGGGGUCUUUAUGCAGUACUUCUUAUUUAUUCACCUAUAUUUAAUUCUUGGGCUGGUUUUACUCAUCAUCCGCUUGGAAAUACUACGACAUAUACAACUGUUGAUCAUAAAAAUCUGGAUUUGUGA